AAGAGGGAAAUUAAGAAAACAGAAAAGAAUAAAAAACAACUACCCCAUGUUACACUCACUCUCUCUGUCUCUCUCUUAUUGAAAGUCCAUCACCCAAUGAUCACUGUCCCCAACAACUCCCAUACGCUCUUUGCAACUAGUACUCAAAGUUCAAAGUCUCAAACUUUGAUGCUUUUCAUAGAUUCCUGUUGUAACAGAAACUGUUUUUGAGUUUCUGUUUCACUUCCUUAAGCUUCAACUACAUUCCCUCCUUAAUUUUGUCUGGUUUUUCAAACCAAAACCCAUUGUUUUCUCCGAAUCUAGUUCAUUACCAGAACACAAAGAAAGAAAAAUCCACAACAAAUAGGAUUUUCUAUAGUUAUAAUAUCUACUAUUUUUGUUAGUUAAAAACAAGGAAACCAAAUAGUACUCUUUCUAAUUUAUCCCCUGCAUACAGUUUCUUGUUUUCAACGUCUUUAAUUUCAUUGUACUUUGUAUUCUUCCAAACUCAGAAAACCCACUAAGAAUUCAAGCCCCUCAAACCAUUUUCCUUAUCAAAAUCCCAUAAAGUUUGUGUCUUGUUGCAAACCAUGGCUUUAGUGACCAACCCAUUUCAAUGUUCAAUCCAAACUUCAAGAUUUUCUUCAUUAUACUUGUCACCCAAGAAAGUUACAACUAAUCAUGUUGUGCUCAAGACUCGGUCACUGGGUUCUAAGUCCACAUGCUUGGCCUUUUCUCCACUGCCAGAGAACCAGGGACCUCAGAAACCUGUUGAAUUCUCAGGCAAGGCCUUGAGAUUUUCUGGUUUGAGUGAAUUGUUGAGACGGCGAGGCUCUGUUGAAUUUCCGGUUGUGGCCGCCACAACCGCAGAUGCUGACGGCAGGUAUGCCAAGCCUUCUAAGAGCUUUGCUGAGAGAUAUCCUGCACUGGUUACUGGUUUCUUUUUCUUUAUGUGGUACUUCCUAAAUGUCAUCUUCAAUAUACUCAACAAGAAAGUCUACAAUUAUUUCCCAUAUCCGUACUUUGUUUCUGUAGUACAUCUCCUAGUUGGAGUGGUGUACUGUCUUGUUUCUUGGGGUGUUGGUCUACCAAAACGUGCUCCAAUUAAUAAGGAGCUGUUGGUACUACUGACUCCAGUUGCAUUCUGCCAUGCCCUUGGACAUGUCAUGUCUAAUGUAUCAUUUGCAGCUGUCGCAGUAUCUUUCACACACACCAUUAAAGCCUUGGAGCCAUUCUUCAAUGCUGCUGCUUCUCAGUUUGUUUUAGGCCAGCAAAUUCCUUUGUCCCUAUGGCUAUCAUUGGCCCCAGUUGUUAUUGGUGUAUCAAUGGCAUCACUGACUGAACUUUCUUUCAAUUGGACUGGUUUCAUCAGUGCAAUGAUUUCAAACAUAGCAUUUACCUACAGGAGUAUCUAUUCCAAGAAAGCAAUGACAGGAAUGGACAGUACAAAUGUGUAUGCUUAUAUUUCAAUUAUUGCUCUCUUGGUUUGCAUCCCGCCAGCGAUUAUUAUUGAGGGCCCCCAACUAAUGCAAUAUGGUUUUAGGGACGCUAUUGCCAAAGUGGGUUUAUACAAAUUCGUCUCUGAUCUGUUCUGGAUUGGCAUGUUUUAUCAUCUGUACAAUCAGGUUGCUACUAACACUUUAGAACGUGUUGCACCACUUACACAUGCUGUUGGAAAUGUAUUGAAGCGAGUUUUUGUCAUUGGAUUCUCUAUUGUUGUAUUCGGCAAUAGGAUAUCCACACAAACUGGAAUUGGUACUAUUAUAGCAAUUGCGGGUGUAGCCAUUUAUUCCCUAAUAAAGGCAAACAUAGAAGAGCAAAAACGGAAGGCUGCAGCAACUUCCACAUCAUAGGGCUGCACUGUUGGAUUGACUAUGGAAACCCUGUAUAUUAAUGAGGGUAGUGAGGAUAUUCAUAAAAAUUGUUUGAGAUGAUAUCUUUGGAUUCAGGCAGUACAGAGCUGGUGCUGCUGUUUAAAUUGGAUGGUUCAAGUUUCCAAGCCGUUGGUGGAUUCUUCCAUUAAAAUAACAGCUCUGGGAAAUAGAGAAAAGAAUAAGAUCAAAACAGAAGUUUUUUUACAAAUUCUAAGAGCUCAUAUUGUAUUUCAAAAUUGUACCAUUUCAAUUUUAUCAGGUGUGUUAGAAGAAUGCACUGUUGUAAUGGAAAAGCUUCAAUUUGGUCUCUCUCACACACAACUUUGUUAGAUGUUUUAGUGGUAGGUCUUAAUUUAGUGGACCUACUUGAUGACUCAGUAAUUUAAGAGGAGAAAAUCGAUUU